GCGUGCAGACGCGGAGCAUCCUGCGCCUCUCCGGCUGGCCGGCCGCUCGUCGGUCGCCGUCCCCGCCGGGGCAGGGAGGCGGACAGCGCAGGAUGGAGCCACUGGUGCUGCUGAACGCCCUGGCGACUCGGCUGCUCUUCUUCUUGCAUUCCGUGAUUGGGGUCUGGAGAGUGACGGAGGUGAAGAAGGAGCGCAAAUAUUGGCUGCUGGCGCUGCUUAAUCUCCCGCUUGGCUUGGAAACAGUGCUCACUCUCAAGUUUAAGGAAGGCAAAGGCUACAAAUGGUUUUCCCCGGCAAUAUUUAUCUAUCUGAUUAGCAUUGUACCCUCACUGUGGCUUCUGGAACUUCAUCCUCAGAAUCAGGCAUGCUCGUACGGAGAGUUUCUGGAGAGCUUCCUGGAACGUCUCUCAUAUAAUGCUACGUGGUCUCUUGGGCACUCAGGAACAGUUGCCCGAGUUCUCGUCAACACACUUUCCACAGUGUGUGACCCAGUCUGGACCCUCGGUCUCCACCAGACCUUUCUACUCCUCCUUAUCAUUGGGAGAUGGCUUCUUCCUAUUGGCGGUGAAAUCACUCGGGACCAAUUGUCUCAGCUACUUCUUAUGUUUGUGGGCACUGCAGCAGAUAUACUUGAAUUCACUAGUGAGACCCUGGAAAUAGAAAACCUAAGGGAAAGGCAUGCCCUCGUGUAUGCAAUUCUCGCAGUGUGGACAUGGAGCAUGCUGCAGUUUCCCUUGGAUCUUGCAGUGCAGCACGUUGGCUGUGGCCUCUCGGUCACAACCAAGAGGAUCUUCUGCUUGCUUCUCUGCAGACACAGCGCAGACCUGUGGAACAUCGGCAUCAGCUUGUUCAUCCAGGAUGGCCCUUUCCUUAUUGUGCGCUUGAUACUGAUGGGCCAUUUUAAAGUCAUUAACCAGAUGCUGGUGUUUUUCACCGCUAAGAAUAUCUUAAUCGUGAUGUUGCAACUGUACCGUUUAGUGGUGUUAUCGCUAGACUUCCGUGCCUCCCUGCGGUAUCAGUCAAACAGCCGGAAAGGAGGAGUCGGAUGUUGUCCAUGUGAGCCAAAUAGUAUCAGUCUUCCACCCAACGACGGCAAUCCUGAUGAGAAGGAGCGAGCGACCGGUCCUCCGGAGGAUUCCACAGCAGUCGCAGUUGAACGCUUGCGAACUAAGAUCUUUUAUUCAUGAUACUUGUUUUCUCUCUGGGCCACUUUUGAAGGAACUGGCAUUAUCAAAUGCAGUUCUGACAUGCUUCCUGCCAUUACAAGAUGGAUGUUUGAUUCUAACCACCGGAAGGAGAUGUUGGAGUAGCAUACUGGCUUGAAUGGAAACAUUUCAGCCUAUUGAUUUAGGGAGCUGACACUAGAUCUGUACCUUGUUUAUCCAAUGGGGUUAGUAGAAGUAGCAUAUUUUUUAAAUGUGAUGCAUGAGUGGACUUGCUGGGGCAUUGUACUAGUGAAAUGUUCCCCUGAAAUUCAGGCUUUUGUCUGCUCUGCAACAGGUUGGAGGAACCUUUGACCUCUCCAGAGAAUCUUUGCAACUGUGACAAUGGUGUGGAACUGCAGAUGCUUGAAAAUAAUGGAUUCUUUCUGCCCAUCUGAUAUGGAAAUAGUAUACAUUCAGUGAAUGCAAGGACAACUCAAUUUACAGAUUGAAAAUACUGUUUGCAUCAUGAAGGAAUUUCAAAAGUACUGCAAUGCUUUCAGACACAAUUAAAAUACACAUUUUCCCCCUGCCCCCAAGUAUUGCUUCAUAAUG